UACGCGACGCUCUCGCAUCGAUGGGGGCAGAAAGAGGCGACAUACGCCGAGUACAAGCAGGGCUCGAGAUGCGCGACAGAGCCUGGCUAUGUGAAGCUGCGGAAUUUCCUGGACGAAGCGUCCGCGAGAGGAAUGCAGUUCGCGUGGGCGGACACGUGUUGUAUUGAUAAGAGCAGCAGCGCGGAGCUGGACGAGGCUAUUCGCUCUAUGUUCCGAUGGUAUCGGAAUUCGGCGCUGUGCAUCGUGCAUCUAGCGCAGACGCGCUCGGUAAAGGAUAUCUCGCAUGAUGCGUGGUUCACGAGGGGAUGGACGUUGCAGGAACUGCUUGCACCGCCGAAGAUCAAGUUUGUGGAUCAGAGCUGGAAGCCACUAGUGAAAGGGGAAAACGAUAAGGAUAUUCUUCAAAGUGUCAGCAAAGCGACUGGAAUCGGCACAGAGACCUUGAGCAAAUCCUUCGAACCACGAACAGAAAAGUUCAGCGAGAAAAUGUCCUGGGCAUCCCGACGAAGCACCACCCGAGCCGAAGAUGCUGCAUAUUCCCUCAUGGGUAUGCUCAACGUCAGUUUCCAGACAGCCUACGGCGAAGGCGGCCCCCGCGCCUUCCGCCGCCUCCUCGACGCCGUCGUGCGCAAGGCCGAAGACCCAUCCGUGAUG